AUGGUUAAGAGUCGACAAUCAAAUGCUUCGCCCAGCAACUUGGCCAGUCUCACGGCGGAAUAUACAGCAGAGUACAAUGUGAACCUUGUUUCUGAAAACCGUCUGGAUGGCAAUAUGGACAUAGACGAAGCGGCCUCUGAUUUAGCGAGCAAGCCCUCGUCCAUUUUCGACCAAUCUUUUCCCAGCGACGAUCAGGUCCUGGACGACGACGCCCUUACGGCACCGAGUAAAGACAGCGUUCUAAUCGCGGACACUAGUUGGCAGAGAACAGGGUUUCACUUCCAGUCCUACGACGACUCAGGGUUUCAACUGGAUAGAGACAAUCAUAACCCCGAAUUCUCAGUCAAAGUGACAUCUGCGCUACCCAACCGGCCAACGAGAUGUUUACAAGAUGAGCUUUUCGCAGCCCUUACAUCUACCCAACAGGAGACGCGUGGGUUUUUCGCUAAGGGACAACUGUCCAAAAUCUUGACUGAAGAGCAGGUUCAACAUGAGCUAGCUACAUACUUUGAGGAUUCUCUCGCUGAAGACACAAUUGCAGAAUACGCAAAGACAAUAUGCCACGGGACUGGGACACAGGAGGGAAGUCCAGGCCACGACCAACAAAACAAUAACAAGUCCUACAUCAAAAUUUUGGCUGUUCUAAUUCUUAUCCAGAAGACCAGGGCCAUUGUCAAACUCUUGGCGGAUCCCUCAGGUGUUAACGACUCGGACUUGCCGUUAAUCAAAACCCCACAACCCGAUAAUAAAGGUUUUUAUGAUCUGAGGGCUCGUAGGCAGCCAGAUAAGAUCUUAAAGUGCUUCCACACCAAGUGGUGGAACCAGUUUGAGAUAUGCAACUUCAAUGAAUGGCAGUGGACGACGCUGCCUUUCACCUUUGGUCGACCGUUAAGCCAUACAAACGACAUACAUUAUGAACUGGAAAAGCAGAGGAUAUUACCAUUUAUUGGGAACAACCAGACAGAGCUGGAAGGUGGCUUUGCCAGAGUUUUCAAGGUCUCUAUACACCCUGAGCACCACAGCUUCCACAUAAACCCAGGCGAACUCAACAAUGCAUACUUUGCAGUCAAACGUCUCCACUCUCAGAGCAAAAUCGCCUUCGGAAAGGAAGUAGAGAUUCUCAAAAAGUUCAGUGGCGAUAAGCACCCUCACUUGAUCAGCCUUCUAGCCACCUAUGAGCAAUCUAACCAGUUCUUCCUGCUCUUCGAUUGGGCCGAGACAGAUCUUCAGACAUAUUGGACAAGGCAGAACCCUUCAUUUGACAUGGAAACUGUCUUGUGGAUGGCCAGGCAAUGCAAGGGUAUUGCACAUGGCAUUACCAAAAUCCACGAGCAUGUCACCACCCACAAGCAGCCCGGUUCCAGUCAAGCAGGGAAUCUGGAUGUGGUAUUUGGUCAUCAUGGCGAUAUCAAACCGGAGAACGUUUUGUGGUUUGCUGAACUAAACCGGGAGAAUCACAAGGCUGCAGGGACACUCAAACUGUCUGACUUUGGCCUCGCGGAGUUCAGCGUCCAUCAGACGCUGUCCAUGACCGAAAGGAGCAAAUGGGGCGUGUCUUUGGGAUACCGCGCACCCGAAACCGAUCUCAAGCCGGAAGCGGCCAUCGGUCGCUCAUAUGACAUGUGGACCCUGGGGUGCCUCUAUCUUGAAUUCAUCACCUGGAUGCUUGGGGGGCGCAAACUACUCGAUGAUUUUGUGAAGCAGCGAAGAAGUUCCGACCCCAUGUGGCACUACAUGGAGACAACUACCUUUUUUGAACUAGAGGUCUGCAAUGGAAAAACGACGGCGGUCAUCAAACCAACGGUGAAAGAGUUCAUCCGAGAAUUGCAUAAACAACCGAACUGUUCCCAGUUCUUUCAUGAAUUUCUUGAUAUGGUGGAAAACGACCUUCUGGUCGUUAAGAAGAACGAUCGCCAGAAGCUUGAUAGAAUAAGCAUACAACAGGUUUAUCAAAUGUUUGGAAACAUGGUUAAGCGGUGUGAAAACGAUCAGACCUACGCUAUCGGGCCGUUUCUUUAA